AUGAGAGCAUCAGUCAUCAGAGACCAAUGGCUGGAAUCUGUAUGGUUUUUGCAGCAGGUGGGCUAGGGAGGUUUUCUAGUUAUAUAUAGGUGCAAGUGUAGCCAAAUUUUGCCAUCACUUCUCAGGGAGGAGACCAGUGAUAAAAUCACAUGACAGUGAUAAGAUCCAAGAAAAGCAACUUUCAAUGGCUGCAUGCUUUCUUUCUCAUUCUCUCUGUUUACUUUCUUCUGUCAUGAGGAGUUAAAGGCUCGUCUAGGCCUUUGAGAUAUUUGAUAAAUUGUGCCAAAAUUUUGGUGGAGAUGUACUGGAAACUCUAUUUAAUUCUGCGGAAGGACUUGCAAAUUGCUCUGAAGAAAAAUUGACAUUCUGGAUACGGAGAUUUGUUUCUGACCAAGCGUUAGCUGUGGCUUUCUCAAAUAUCCUUAUAAUGUGGCAAUGAUAUCUUUAUGAGUUCUUUGAAUUUUUCUCUUUCCAUUUGGUUCCUUGACUAUUCUUACUUCUUCAUUCAUUCAUUUUAUUAGCUCAGGCAAUUACCCUAUCAACUUGCAUUGUUGCUCAUAAUAAUGCCUUGUUUGCUUUGUUGGUAUCCAAUAACUUUGCUGAGAUAAAAAGCAAUGUCUUUAAGCGUUUUAGCAAGGAUAAUAUUCAUAGUCUGGUAUACUCUGAUUCAGUAGAGAGAUUCCACAUUUCAGCAUUUCUCCUGUUCGUUUUAGCUCAGAAUAUCUUGGAGGCUGAAGGACCUUGGUUUGAAAGUUUCAUUUAUAAUGCACUAGUGGUUUUUCUUUGUGAAAUGUUGAUUGAUAUCAUAAAACAUUCAUUCCUUGCCAAAUUCAACGGAAUAAAGCCCAUUGCAUACUCUGAGUUUCUAGAAGACCUCUGCAAGCAGACUUUAAACAUACAAACAGAGGAUGGCAACAAAAACCUUACUUUUGUUCCUGUAGCACCUGCUUGUGUUGUUAUCCGAGUACUCACUCCAGUAUAUUCUGCUCACCUUCCACACAAUCCCCUUCCAUGGAGGCUCCUUUGGAUUCUGAUCCUGGUAGCCAUGACAUACAUCAUGCUCACAAGUCUAAAGGUGAUGACUGGAAUGGGACUACAAAAGCAUGCAACUUGGUACGUGAAUAGGUGUCGGAGACGAAAGCAACAUCUUCACACUGAUUGAUUUAAAACGAGGAAGAGGGAUGUCAUAUGAAAUCAUGCAUCAUUCAUUAGCUGUUCAUCUUUGAAUGGUGGGCAUUCAUCAAUCGAUGACAGAUACUGGAAACCAGUGAGGUUCGUUUGUUACAACCCAGAACAGCUACUGUCCAUGAUGUAUGGACCAAUUUUGCUGUAGAAAAACAUGAAUUGAGUGGCUUAACAGCAUUAGUAUACAUAGUAAGGUUUCUACUUUGGAAAGUUUCCCCAAACCAUGAAAUUGUCUGCCCCGAUUCUCACAUCUAUAGUUGAGGGCUUCAAAAUAGAUUCAAGUCACCAAAGAUGGUAAUAAAAAAUAUAGUCUGUU